AUGGCUAAUGCUCAACAGACUGGUAGUACGAAACGUACUGACUUGGAGCGCGUGGAUGAGAUCCGAUGGAUUAUCGAGGUUUGCUUUGCUCUCGCUGGUGCUUCUGGAGCUGCGCUCUCCGCCGGACUUUGCUACGCAUUGCGCAUGAAACGGACGGGCUACUCGAGCUUGAGCUUUUAUUCCAAGGCGUUGUUUGUCAAGGAUGGCUAUCCUUUCGUCGGAGCUCUCGUCAUCUUGACCAAGAUCUACGCCAACUCAGUCCUUGCAGUGUGA